AUGGUUUACGAUGCGAGCCUGGGCUAUGACCCUGACGAGUGGGAAGAAUGCCCGGUCAAGGAGCAUAUCGUGGUGUUCUCGUUCUUCACAAGGCUUAUUCUCAGCACCGCUGCUGUCGCUUUUGUUGUCUUCUUUUAUCGUAUGGUAGAAGUCAGUAAUGAUAAAGGAAAAUCAAGCAAGAAAAAGGUGACAGCAAUUUUUUUUCAAAUAUUAUAUUUUGCCAAUCCCGAUGGUCUUUAUGGGGGAGCUCAGCGCAAAAAGUUACCCAACUCCCAAAGCGCAGAACCGAAAAGUCUUGUCGACGGCUAUGAUUUUGAACUAUUUCAAACUGAAUCUCGUUCCAUUUUGCCGCUAUUUUAUUGCCAUUACCACUUCCAAAUGAGAUUUGUUCAGCCUCCAUUUCGUUCAAGAUCUGACUCUGAACAUUCAAGAAACAUCAGUCCUUCCCAUCCAAGUGAGGAAUGGUCCGCAAAUUAG